UGUCUAGUGAAGUCUAGUGUCAUUUGUUUGACAGCCGAAAACUGAGACUUUCGUUGUUUUGAGUUGCACGUGUUUUGUAAUUUUGACUUGAUAAACCUUUUCGAAACCUUAUUAAUAUAAAUUGGAGCUCGGCCUUUCGUAAGAAGUAACUAGCCUAAUCGAUAUGUCUAACGAAAUGGAAGAACAAAUGGAAAGCAGUUCGUCUGAAAGCGAGGACGAUGGCAUGGAUGAGGAAGGGAACAAUGACGAGGAAUCUGGGCCGAAAACCUACCUUCCCGGCCAGCCGUUACAAGAGGAUGAGCAUUUGAUAUGUGACCAAUCUGCUUAUGUUAUGCUCCAUCAGGCACAAACUGGUGCUCCUUGCUUGAGUUUCGAUAUAAUAACUGAUACUCUCGGCAACGACAGGCAUGAAUUUCCGAUGACUUCAUACUUAGUCGCUGGAACACAGGCAUCAAGCGCACACUUAAACAAUGUUUUAGUAGUCAAAAUGACAAAUUUACAUCCAACAUCAAAAGCAAACAAUGAUGAGGAUGAAGAAUCUGACGAAGAUGCAGAAGACGAUGAAGAAGAAGAAGAUGAAGAGAAAAAACCACAGAUGACAUUCUCUUUCAUAAAACAUCAAGGAUGUGUUAAUAGGAUAAGGGCUACAAAUUUUAAAAAUUCUGUACUAGCUGCAAGUUGGUCAGAGCUGGGCAAUGUUAGCAUAUGGAACAUAACCCAGCAGUUACAAGCAGUGGAUGAGCCAACUUUGCUUGAACGUUACAAUCUGGAUACUGUCAGUAACCCUGUGAAGCCUUUGUACUCCUUUAGUGGACACCAACAAGAGGGAUUUGGUAUUGAUUGGUGCCCCACUGAACCAGGUGUGUUAGCAACCGGUGAUUGCCGAAGAGACAUCCAUAUUUGGAAACCUAAUGAAGGAGGCACAUGGACAGUGGAUCAGCGUCCCCUAGUUGGACACACAAGUUCUAUAGAAGACAUCCAGUGGUCACCCAAUGAAAGGAAUGUAUUAGCAACAUGUUCAGUUGACCGAACAAUCAGGAUAUGGGACACAAGAGCAGCACCGCACAAGGCUUGCAUGCUGGUAGCAGAAAAUGCCCAUGAGAAAGAUGUCAAUGUUUUAUCCUGGAAUAGCAAGGAACCAUUCAUUGCCAGCGGUGGUGAUGAUGGCUGUCUCCAUAUAUGGGAUUUACGUCAAUUCCCAACAAGUACACCAGUAGGCACUUUCAAGCACCAUACAGCACCAAUCACAUCAGUGGAGUGGCAUUGGACUGAGCCCAGUGUGCUGGCUUCAGCGGGAGAGGACAACCAGGUGGCACUCUGGGACUUGGCAGUUGAGAGGGACGAUGAAGAAGUGGUGGAUGAAGAACUAAAGAAUCUUCCCCCACAACUCUUGUUCAUUCAUCAAGGUCAAACGGACAUCAAAGAACUUCAUUGGCAUAAACAGAUUCCAGGUGUAAUUGUAACUACAGCACAUACUGGUUUUAAUAUAUUUAAAACUAUUAGUGUAUAAAUAAAAUAUUAUAUA